AUGGGGGAUACCCCAUUAUCACAGACCAUUGAUAUCCAAUAUCUUAUAGUCGACUGUCCCAGUCCUUACAAUAUUAUCCUCGGAAGACCUGCUUUGAACAUGUUCAGGGCAGUAGUGUCUACCUUACAUUUAUGUGUUAAGUUUCAAGCACAGGACGGCAAGAUAGCAACACUCUACUCGGACCGCCAACAAGCUCGGCAGUGUUACAAUGCAAGCCUGAAAAACAUCGGCACAAGACAAAAAAACCAACAAGAGGUCAAGGCCAUCCACAGCACGAACGAAGUACUAACCCUAGCAGAGCUCGACCCUCGAGAGGACACCCAAGAAAGACCUCAACUAGCGGACGAGCUCCAAAAAGUUCCCCUAACAUCGAAACCAGAACAAUUCACCUACAUCGGCCGAGCCUUUCAAGGACAAGAACAAUUGGAGCUUAUAAAUGUACUACAAGACAACGCCGAUCUAUUUGCCUGGACCCCGACAAAUAUGCCAGGAAUAGACCCAAACAUCAUUUGCCACAAGCUCACCAUCGACAGAACAAUCCGACCUAUAGCUCAAAAGAAGAGGAAUCUCGGGGCGGAAAAAGCAAAGGCAGAGCUAGAAAAAACUAAGAAGUUACUUAGUGCCGACUUCAUCAAGGAAAUUCGCUUCACCACGUGGCUCUCGAACGUGGUAAUGAUCCUUAUGCAUCCAGAAGACCAGAGUAAAACAGCUUUCAUAACUGAACAUGAGAAUUUUUGUUAUAGAGUAAUGCCAUUUGGUCUAAAGAAUGCAGGUGCAACAUAUCAGCGACUAACGGAUAAGAUCCGAGCAUAUAACAUGAGACUCAAUCCAGAGAAAUGCGCUUUUGGGGUACAAGGAGGCAAGUUCCUUGGUUUCAUGCUGACUUCACGGGGAAUCGAAGCAAAUCCUGAUAAAUGUGAGGCAAUACUUAAUAUGACGAUACCAAAAGGUAAAAAAUUCGAGUGGACAAAGGAAUGCGAGACGGCAUUCACCGAACUUAAAGCCACCCUGUCUUCACUGCCAGAAAAACACAAAGCCAGUAUACUUCGUCAGCAGAGUCAUGCAGCCAACAGAAAGAAGAUACCCCAGAAUAGAACAACUAGCCCUAGCACUAGUAACAACAGCAAGGAGACUAAGGCACUACUUCCAGAGCCACAAUAA